AUGCGUCGGCAACAUGCAUCGCCUUCCAAAGGCUUUAGCUCAUCCUCUGUAGGAGGCGGCAGCAGGAUCAGCACCAGCUCAUCUGUUCAACGUGGUGGCUCAAAUCUUUUUUCUGCACCUAGUGGAGGCUUUGGUAGCAGAAGUCUUCUUAACCUGGGCAACAAAAAAACAUCUGGUUUUGGAUUUGGCAGCUCAGGAACAAGCAGAGGAUUUAGUGGUUCUGGAGGUGCCUCAUCUCCAGGUAUUGUAAAUGUGACCAUCAACCAAAACCUCUUAGCUCCAUUCGCUGUAGAUAUUGAUCCCAACAUUUCAACUGUCAAAAAAGAAGAAAGAGAACAGAUUAAGACCCUAAAUAACAAGUUUACAUCUUUCAUUGACAAGGUCCGAUUCCUCGAGCAGCAAAAUAAAGUUCUUGAGACCAAAUGGAAACUGUUGCAGCAACAAGCGGGUCAAGCGAGUGCAAAAAGUAACAUUGAGCCUCUCUUUAACGCUUACAUCAACUCCUUGAAGAGCCAGUUGGACGGCAUACUGGGUAGUAAAGGUCAACUUCAGUCAGAUUUAAGUAACGAACAAGAUCGGGUCAAAGAGUUUAAAGGAAGGUAUGAGGAUGAAAUUGAUAACAGAGCUACAGCAGAGAAUGAAUUUGUGCUGAUCAAAAAGGAUGUGGAUGCAGCCUAUCUACAAAAGGUAGAGCUGGAAACUAAAUUAAAUGGACUGAAUGAUGAGAUCGCCUUCCUAAGAUCUCUGUAUGAACAGGAGCUUGGUGAAAUUAAUCAACAAGUGUCCGACACCUCUGUCAUUCUAUCAAUGGAUAACAAUAGGUCCCUGAACCUCGACGACAUCAUUGCUGAAGUGAAGGCUCAAUAUGAGGACCUGGCUGCCAAGAGCAGAGCUGAAGCAGAAGAGGCCUACAAAAACAAGUUCCAGCAGUUGCAAAGUGCAGCUGGCCAACAAGGAGAUGAGCUGAAGAACACUAAGAAUGAGAUUUCAGAGCUUACCAGAGCAAUCCAAAGACUUAAAGCUGAAAUUGAAAAUAUAAAGAAACAGAUUGCCAGCCUUGAACUUUCCAUUUCAGAGGCUGAAGAAAAAGGAGAGAGGGCUCUAAAGGAUGCCAGGAAUAAGCAGGCUCAACUGGAGGUGGCACUGCAAAAACGUAAACAAGAGAUGGCCCGUCAGCUUAAGGAAUACCAGGAGCUGAUGAACAUCAAGUUGGCAUUGGAUGUUGAAAUUGCCACCUACAGGACACUGCUAGAAGGCGAGGAGAGCAGGAUUUCAGGAGAAAUUACUAAUCAAGUCAAUGUCUCUGUUGUGAACUCUGCUUCUGGGGGUGGCCUCUCCUAUGGCUAUAGAGGCAAUACUUCAAGCGUAUCUGCUUCGCAACCAGAAAAGAAGCGUGCAGCAGUGAAGAUCAUCUCAACCACUGAAAGCCUGAGAUCCAUCCAUGCAUCCUAA